UAUUCUGACGUAUAUAUUUUACAAAGUAAUUCACAUUUUUGUUGAAUUGAUGACUAACGUCAUCAAUUCAACAAAAUAACGAGUGCAGCUCUUUAAAGAUGCAUACCUGCUGUAAAAUAAUAAUACUACUGCAAGGUAUGGAAAGAUUUGUUUUGAUUAUCAUUAUGACAGGAAUAAUGAAGAAGAGAACUUGAUACAAUAUGAAUGCUAAUAGCCAGCCGCAAUCCCAAAAUUUUUGGACACAGGCUGGAAAAGAAAAAAAUACAAGUCUGAAGAGAUCAUUACAUUCCAGUAAGAAUCGGAGUCGCUGAUUCGCCCUAUGGCCAACGAAGACGUAUCCAUGGAUAUUCUACGUGAGCCGACCACCGAUGCAAUGCAAAGAACAAUACAAAAAAACAAUGACGAUCCGAUGUCCGACGUUCUGCAGAGGAUAGAGGCACCUUCGUUGUCGAACGACGAAUUCUUGCACAGCACGAACAAAAGGGAAUCCAGCAAAAAAGAUGGAUUGUCGGAUAAGGAAAUAUUCUCGGUCGUGUGCGACAUUAUAGAAUAUGGAACGAUUCACCAUGGUAUCAAUGCAUUACGAGUUAGUUUUGUAAAUUUUCCAACAUGCAUCUACAUUUGGUUGUCCAUGCAAACAUCGACACUCUGUGUCUACGUGGCCUUCACCCUCUGGGCGAAUCAGCGACUCCGAUUCUUACCAGAAGCCUGUACCCAGAAAUUUUGGGAUUAUGGAUGGCUAUCAGUAUUCAUAUUGUACCAAGUUCUAUUCUUCAUUAUUCCUGUCACAAUGAUAAUCAACACAAAUCUUUCCAUAGGUUGCAGUUGUAUUAUUAUGUUAGAGCAGAUACGCAUGGUGAUGAAGAGUUGGGCUUUUGUCAGGAGCGCCGCACCGAGGUAUUUAUCGUAUGAAUCCCACAGCGAAACUUCACGACCGAGCGGCCCCAAAUUCUCACAAUAUUUGUAUUUUCUAUUCGCACCGACUCUUCUGUACCGCGACGAAUAUCCUAGGGCGACAGAAAUUAGGUGGAUGAUGGUGUUUUGGAAUUUCUUUGAAUUCGGCCUAUCGAUUUUCUAUGAGGCCUUGAUCUUUGACCGUGUCGUAGUACCGAUCUAUCACGUGUUCGGCACGCAAUACCUAGAACCGAAGUGGUUUAUCAAAAUUGUACUCGAGUCUUGUAUUUUCAUCCUUUCCCUUUUCUUUGUCGUCCAAUACUUAAUCUUCCAAGCGUGGAUGAAUGCUUGGGCAGAAAUGCUGCGGUUCGCAGACCGAUUGUUUUACAAGGACUGGUGGAACGCCAAGACUAUUAACGAGUAUUUCCGCAAAUGGAACUUAAUAGUGCACAUCUGGCUAUACACGUAUAUCUACAAGGAGGUGUACAAGUUCGGGGCAUCACAGAACCGAACGUUGGCUGCUACAGCCGUAUUCUUUAUUUCAGCCAUCGUUCAUGAGUACGCCUUGGCGUUCACAAUGGGUUUUUUCUAUCCAGUGACAUUCAUCUUAUUCUUCGGAAUUGGCGUACCGCUUUUCAUCGUCUCCAAGAGCAAAGUUGUUACCAGCAACUUCUUCCUGUGGAUAUUGUUCAACAUCGACGCCAUGAUUAUGUUCAACUCAUACUCGAUGGAGCUCAACGCCCGGUGGAACAACUGUCCACCUCAUCCCAAUUACUACCUAGAUCUGCUCAUACCGCGAAGCUGGAGCUGUCAACAGCAGUUUAAUCCGUUGUUCACGUCGACUGUGAAAUCUUGUAACGAGACGAUGGAUUUUUCUGUUACAAAUUAUUGACUGUUAGAUAGGAGUUUACAUAAGUUUAGCGUUAAACUAAAUAGAGUAAAGAACACUUCGACGCGAUAAAAUUAUAACAUCCAGUGAAAAGUUUUUUCGAGUAAAAAAAGUUAUUUGUUAAAAUUAAAUAAAUAAUUUGAACAAAUAAUUUAUUUGCUUUAUAGAAAACUAAAACCGUCAUUUCUUAAAAACAAAUUUUUAUUUUCCUAAAAGGUAUUUUCGCUGCAACUUAAAAAAAGCAAGUUUAAAGAAAUAAUUUCAUCAAUUUAAAGAAUUUUUCUAUGGAAUAUAAGAGAACUAAUAAGGGAUAUAAGAACUAAAUAAUAAAAAAAUAGGAAUAACAGAAAUUUAAAAAAUUUUUCUCUAGGAUAUAAGGGAACUAAUAAGAAUUUAAGUAUCGUUGGUGAACGUUAAUUCAUUUAAGGAAUAUAUUGCAGUCUUAAUUUUUUUUUAAUCAUUUUUGAAUUAGAAAAGUAAUUGCAACUUUUUUUUCAAACUUUUGAUACAAAUUUAAAAAUGGACAAAAAUAUUUUUGUCUAUUUCCUAAUUAAAAAUUUACAGUCAUAACUAAAGACUUUUAUUUCUUUAAUAGUUUUAAUAAUAAAUUGUAAUUAAAUUAAUUGUAUGUAUUAAGAGGAAUGUGGACUUGUUAAAUGUACAAUACACGUGAGUUUAUACAAAAAGAGAUGAUUUUUAUAAUUGAAGCUUUACAUACGCUUCCCUAUUUACGCACAGUAACAAAGAAGACGACGUACGUAUAUAUAUAUAUCUUCCGUCCUAUAAAAUGAACUUAUUUCGUAUAUUCGAUACACAUAUACAAUCGU